AGUCGGUAUUUUGUUUUGUUUAUAACAAUGAACGUGGGUUCUUUCGGCGGGGCAGGUUCAUCGACGGCGGUCGGAGCUCCGGCGAACAUCGAUCGGAAAAUGCAAACGGCGGAGCAGCUCGUUCUUGAUCUCAGUAAUCCCGAUGUCAGAGAAAACGCGCUUCUUGAACUAUCUAAGAAGAGAGAAUUAUUUCAAGAUUUGGCUCCAUUAUUGUGGAAUUCGUUUGGUACUAUUGCUGCCCUUUUACAGGAAAUUGUCUCCAUUUACCCUGUCUUAUCACCACCGAAUUUGACUCCAGUACAAUCAAACAGAGUCUGCAAUGCACUUGCUCUUCUCCAAUGUGUAGCCUCCCACCCAGAUACAAGAAUGUUGUUCCUCAAUGCUCAUAUUCCUCUAUAUCUAUAUCCGUUUCUCAAUACUACUAGUAAGUCAAGGCCUUUCGAAUACCUGAGGCUUACUAGUUUGGGGGUCAUCGGUGCCCUGGUGAAGGUUGAUGAUACUGAAGUUAUAAGUUUUCUGCUAUCAACUGAAAUUAUUCCUCUGUGCUUGCGUACUAUGGAGAUGGGGAGUGAGUUAUCAAAAACAGUUGCCACAUUUAUAGUGCAAAAGAUAUUGUUGGAUGAUGUCGGCUUGGACUAUAUUUGUACUACAGCAGAGCGAUUUUUUGCGGUGGGCCGAGUUCUGGCAAACAUGGUUGCUGCUCUCGCAGAACAACCAUCAUCAAGGCUGCUGAAGCAUAUCAUUCGCUGCUACUUGCGCUUAUCAGAUAACCCCAGGGCUUGUGAUGCAUUGAGGAGUUGCCUUCCGGAUAUGCUUCGAGAUACUACCUUUAGUAGCUGCCUGCGUGAAGAUCCAACCACGAGGAGAUGGUUACAGAAUCUGCUUGUCAACGUUCAAGGGCCUCGUGUCACCCUGCAAGGAGGUGGAGGAUUUGAGCAUAUGAUGGUUAACUGAGCCGAUAAUGUUGUUAUGGCUAUUGGCCUGCAGCUGCCCUGUUGUAGCUGCCGUUAUCUGUGCUGUAUUUUGUCACAUAUCUGUUAAAGUUGGAAUUUCAGACUAGUCUGGUUCAUGAAUUGUCAUAUUUAAUUACCUAUCAACUUUUACUAGAAUAAUUUUGGUUAAAACAAAAGAGAAGAUGCUUUACUCUUUUGCUUU